AUGCCUGAGGUCUACAGCGAGGAAAAAUUCAAGAAAGAGAUUGUCUCCAACUACGUCAAUGUCAUUGGCGACCAGCUUGGCGGGAAAGUGUUGAGCUUUUCCGAUGAGUUCUUUGCUGCUGCUGCCAACAUGAUCAAAUCCACCCCCGUGGUUUUUGACCCCACCAAGUUCGUCCACUCCGGUAAGUGGUUCGACGGCUGGGAAACAAGAAGACACAACACCGAGGAGGCUGACUGGGUCAUCUUCAAGGGAGGUGUCAGUUCUGCUACCAUUGUGGGAUGUGAGGUGGAUACUGCCAACUUCACCGGUAACGCUGCUCCUUUCAUCUCUGUUGAAGGCAUCCGUUCCGAAACCGACAACGUCGGCCCCGACUCCAAGUGGGAGGACAUCAUCUCCAAGGUGGAGUGCCAGCCUUGCUCGAAACACUUCUUUGUUCGUCCAUGCGGUCCCACCAAGGAGAACUACACCCACUUCAGAUUGAGAAUGUACCCGGACGGCGGAAUUGCCCGUUUCCGCUUGUACGGCACGGUGAUCCCCAUCUUGCCCAAGGACCCUAAGGCUGUGAUCGACCUGGCGCUGGUUCGUAACGGUGGUGUGGCUGUUAAGGUUUCGGACGAGUGCUUUUCUUCUGCUGACAACCUUCUUUUGCCUGGCAGAGGCGAGCACAUGGGAGACGGCUGGGAAACUAAGCGUUCUCGCGGUGCUGGCCAUGUGGACUGGGCCAUGAUCAAGUUGGGUGCUGUCACCACUGUCCAGGAGGUUCUUGUGGACACUGCCCACUUCAGAGGAAACUUCCCUCAGAAGAUCAACGUCAAGGGCUACAAGGCUCCUGAGGGCACCGCUGCCUCUCCAGACAGCUUGCCCGCUUUUGACCUGGACAAGUGGGAGACCAUUGUCAGCGACAGCAAGACUGGUCCACACGAGGAGUUCAAGUUCAAGGCCGAGGCUGCCGGGCCAUACUCGCAUGUCAUGUUGACCAUGAUCCCCGACGGCGGUGUGAAGAGAUUGAGGAUUUUCGGCACCGUCGCCUAG